AACAGAGAGGGAGAAAGAAACAGGGAUCGAGAGAGCGGCAUCUCAGUUGCCAAGAGAGAAAGGGGAAAAAGAAACGGGGAUCGAGAGAGAGGAAGAAGAAACAAGGAUCACAAUUCAGUUGCCAAAAGAGAGAGGGGAAAAAGAAACAGGGAUCGAGAGAGAGGAAGAAGAAACAGGGAUCGAGAGAGAGGAAGAAGAAACAGAGAUCAAAUCUCGAAACCCUAGUGCACAACAAUGGCUCUGAGUCUUCGACAGAAGCAAACAAACUGUGUGGCUCGUAUGCUCAACCUGAACCAGCCCUUGACCACGGGUGACACAGCCAACGAAGAGGUGUACAAAGUCCUCGUUUUAGACAAAUUUUGCAGAGACAUUCUAUCUCCAUUAAUCCAUGUAAAAGACCUCCGAAAGCACGGCAUAACAUUGUAUUUCACUAUUGACAAAGAACGCCAAACCAUUCCUGAUGUACCAGCAAUCUAUUUUGUGCAACCCACUGUUCAAAAUAUCAAUCGAAUAGUCAGUGAUGCCUCUCGAGCAAUCUAUGAAACCUUUCACCUCAACUUCUCUUCCUCUUUGCCUCGCCCCCUUCUCGAGAAUUUGGCCACUGAAACCCUAAAUUCUGAUUCAAUUCAACGGGUUGCAAAGGUCUAUGACCAAUAUUUGGAGUUUGUAACCCUAGAAAAUGACAUGUUCUCACUAGCACAAAGAAGCACCUACGUUCAAUUAAAUGACCCAAAGGCUGGGGACAGGGACAUACAGGUAAUCAUCGAUGGAAUUGUAUCUGGCUUGUUUUGUGUUUUGGUGACAUUGGGGGUUGUUCCUGUAAUUCGGUGCCCUCGUGGUGGGCCUGCAGAGAUGGUGGCUUCCGCCUUGGACUCGCGCUUGAGGGACCAUCUUAUCUCGAAGAAUAAUUUAUUCUCAGAGAGUGGGAGUUUAGGGGCUUCAUUUCAAAGGCCAAUAUUAUGUAUCUUUGAUCGAAAUUUCGAUCUUUCAGUUGGAGUUCAGCAUGAUUGGAGCUAUAAGCCAUUGGUACAUGAUGUUCUAGGUAUGAAGUUGAAUAGGGUAAGCGUUCAAGGGGAUCCAUCAGGUGCUAAAGGCAAGAGUGGGUUGAAAUCGUAUGAGCUUGAUGAUUCUGAUAGUUUUUGGGUUGCUAAUAGCUCGGCCCCAUUUCCAAAAGUUGCAGAAGAAAUUGAAACCCAAUUGAGCAAAUAUAAGCAGGAUGUUGAUGAGGUGAAUAAGAGGACUGGAGCCAAAGAUGGGGUUGAUUUUGAUGGGCAGGAGUUGAUAGGGAAUACAAAGCAUCUCAUGAAUGCUGUGAAUUCCCUUCCUGAACUGACUGAAAGGAAGAAGAUUAUCGACAAGCACACCAACAUAGCCACUGUUUUGUUAGGGGAAAUUAAGGUACGAGCCUUGGAUUCGUACUAUAAUUUGGAGAAUGAUAUGUUGACGAAGGGGAGCAUCGAUAGGAAUGCCUUGCUAACUGCUUUGAAAGGUAAAGGUACCAAGAUGGAUAAAUUGAGGCUAGCCAUUACUUAUCUGCUUGCUUCAGAGACUACUCCUCAAUCUGAAGUCGAAGUGGUAGAGGCAGCACUGAGGGAGUCAGAAGUUGAUCCUUGUGCUUUUCAAUAUGUGAAGAAGAUAAAGUCUUUGAAUAUUUCCUUGGCAUUGCCAAACUCGGCCAGCAAGAGCAAUAUUGUAGAUUGGGCUGAGAAGCUUUAUGGCCAAUCUAUUAGUGCAGUGACAGCCGGCAUGAAAAACCUUCUUUCAGAGGGUAGGCAAUUGGUUUUGACAAGAACUGUAGAGGCUUUAAUGGAGGGUAAACCAAAUCCGGAUAUUGAUUCUUACCUUCUUUUUGAUCCUCGUGCUCCUAAGUCUAGUGCUGGGGGAGCAGGAAACCAUUUGAAAGGGCCUUUUAAGGAAGCGAUAGUUUUCAUGAUUGGUGGUGGGAACUAUGUGGAGUAUAGUAGCUUGCAAGAAUUGGUCCAAAGGCAGCAGCCGACUAAGCAUCUUAUCUAUGGAACAACAGAGGUUCUUACUGGGGACGAGUUUGUUGAGCAGCUUACAGUUUUGGGGCAAAAGAUGGGUUUGGGGAAUACUGUUUCUUCUCAAUAGGGAGGUUGAUCGUUUUUGUUGUCUUACUGAGAAAGGCUGUUGGAUCUUAUUGUUUACAUAUCAUUGAAUUUUAUUAGUGAAGGAAUCACACAGGAUCUUGUGUUUUGGUUAUCUUAGGAGAUUUGCGACCUUAGUGUUUUCUUCAGAUAGGGAACAGCCUGACUUGAGUUCUGAUUCAUUGAUAUGGGUAUAACAUGGACUUCAUUUUGUGUUUGCUUAUUUUGUUGUGUAUUUGCCUCAGUCUUGAUUCUGCAACAUUUUCUUGGAAGUCUAGUUGAAGAUCGGAGAUACAUACGGUAAAUUUUGUAUCAUGUGAGCAGCACUACUAAAAAACAUAGAGAUACAACAGCUAAUGCAUUUGUCGUUCAUUCAGGAAUUUUGCAGGUGAGUAUUCA